UAUUUUAUAAAAAUUAAUUAACUAAACUUUAAACAAAAAAUUAAAAACGUGUAAUAAAGCAAUAGUGAAUAAAGUGUUAAAGAAAACUUUAUUGUUUUUAAACGUGUGGAAAGAAAAUGAAUAACAAUGUAUUGCUAUCAUUGGCCAUGAGCAUAAUACCAAUGCUGGCCAUUGGCUUUGUGGUAUUAUUAGUAAUUUAUAAAAUUUAUAUUAAAAUACGUUCACGUUUUAACGUCACUGUCAACUGUUGGUUUUGUAAUCAAAACACUAAAGUGCCCUACUUAGAAGGCAAUAGUUGGACCUGCCCAUCAUGUGAACAAUACAAUGGUUUCGCUAAGGAUGGCGACUAUAAUCGUGAAAUAUAUGAACAAUUAGAUUGUAGCGGCAAUUCGGAACGUUUUAAUGUAUCCCAACCUGCCACUAGCUUAUUGCAGCAGCCUUCCCAGAAUGGUUUUUGCGAGUUAUGCAAUGAGGCUCAACGCUUGAAGGUGGAAAAGUUGGCUCAGUUUGAGCCCAAAAAUGAAUCGCAUUGGGAUGAAGAAUUAAAAGUUUAUAAAGCCCAAUUGGAAGAUCAAUAUCGUCUGUGCUCCACCUGUGAUCGUCAUCUCAAUAAAGUUCUCCGGGAGAAAAAGAAAAUGGUUUUGGGUUCGAAAUUCUUGGAUUUUAUCAUCAAAGGAGCCGAGACUCUAAAACAACCACAUCUAAAUCAAAUUCAACAUGCCAAACAGCAGCAGAGGAAACAAAGAUUACGUACACUUAUCACCCUACUAACACUUACUAACCUAUGUUGUCUUUUAAGUUCACUGCCAUCACUUAACAAAGAGCAUUUAACCCAAUUGUUAGGAGCAUCUCUAGGUCAUCCAGUAUUUUUAAUUGCAUCUCAUAUUAUGGCACUCGCAAAAGUAAUGGGUUCCUAUUUGGAUACCAUCAAACAGCAUGCGGUGGUAACCAAAAUUUCAUUAUUUUCACGUACUCUCUUCAUGAUGCUCAUGUAUUCGUUGGGUUUGAAAGUCAAUCAUUUUAAUUUUUCCUCUCUAUAUGUAAGCAUUUGUCCAUUUGCGUUAUUGGCUAUGGCCUUUAUGCAUAAUGUUGUAGAUGGUUUCCGUUUGACCAGAUAUACGGGUAUGAUGGUGAUUUGGAGUUUGUUUGCGGGCGGCUUAGUUGAAGAAACAUGGUUGUCUGUGACACCGCAAAUGUUGAUGAUUUUUACUUCAUUGCUUACGUUUGUAAUGGCUUACAGCUCAAAGCCAGAACCUUCACCUAAAUUGCAUGACACCACUGCCAAUAGUUUUCAUAAAAUCUAUUCAGAAGACUAUCUCAGCGAUGAUGAGACCAUGAGCAUGUUAAGUCAACAAUUAAACGUUAGUAGUGUUUCUAUGCGCAGUGUACGCUCUAACAAAUCUUUACGUGCUCCCUCACCUUUAAUGCGUAACAAUGUUUCGCCACGUCUAAGCAAAUCUCCCCUAACUUCUUCGGUUUUUUCUUUACAUCAGCUGCCACGCAAACACAUAUCGCCCAAUACCAGUUUCCGCAGUUAUGCCGGCGAGGAGAAUCAAACUUUAAGGCCCACCUUUGCCACACCCAUGGCCAUGCCAAUUACGGGACGUCAAGGUUUGUUUGCCUCCAAUUUGGAGUUGAAUUGUAGGGAAAGACCACAAUCGUCGGUGUUUGGUAUGAAUGCUUCGGUGGCCAAUACCGCCAUGUUUAAUAAUUCUUUUACAGAGACCAACAAAUCUCAUUUUGGGCAUAACCCGCGUGACAAUGAGUCCUCAUUUUAUACAGCCGCCAAUAAUACUGGCAACACCUCAAUGUUUGUUAAUAAUAAUCAUACUUUUGUAGCACCCAGCAGCCAGUCAGGCUUACACUCACCCUUUUCUGUCUCCAGCAGUGCUGUCUACCAGCAUCAGCAACAUCAGCCGCCAAUGGCCAAUACUCAUCAUAAAUUACUUUCUCCCACCAGAUUUAGUACAAAUAAUUUAUCAUCCUGCCAUGCCUCUUGGUUGUCGGGAGGUUACUUCAAUCAAAGACAGUCGUCAAUGGCUGAAAUUCCACGCACAGGCUUAAUUAUACCCACAGCACAAACUCAAUCUCUGAUUACUCCCAUGGAAGAAUCUUUAUCGAGGUCAUCUUCCCACUCAUCGGGGUUUGAGUCACAAAAUGGUAGAAUCAAUGGCAACAUGUCGCGCGAAAAUUCCUUGUGUCCUGACUUUAACUUGGACUAUCAUCAAAGAACAUUAACCCACGAUAAUAUCAACAGUUUUCAGCCCAUAGAUUCUCCCAGUUUGGGUGCAUUUUCACCUAGGCCUUCUCUUUUAAGCAACCCCGCCUUAAAUAGUUUCCCCUUGGAGCAUUCUGAUAUAUGGAAACAACCUAAUUUUAGCCGUAGAUCACAAAAUACCACCAACUUCACAAGAAAUUCUAUAGAUUCAUUUAAUUUACGCAAAAUCAAUGAGGAAUUGCCCUCCAUUAAAAGGGGUGAUUUGCUGCAAAAAUGGAAGGAAGGUCAAACCAUUUCAUAAUCUCUCUAGUCUUUGUACACAACCACUAUUACCUCUUUAAGACUAUUAUUUUUUUUUUAUUACAUUAUGAUUUUUUCUUUUUUUCCUUUAAUUUUUUUUUAAUUUAAUAACAAUUUCCUAUUUUUAUUUACUAGUUUUUAAGGCAAAAAAGCAAGGCUAUAACACUACAUAUACAAUUGUUAAAUAUAUUAUUUUAUUAUUUCCUUUACUUUAAUAUAUAUUUUGUUCAUACAUUUGCAUAUUUAGCCAAUUUUUGC